AUGAUAAAAUUUUUAUUCUUUAUUAUUUUGAUUUUCGUUCUUGUCAAUGCUGAAAAUUCAAACAAAAGUUUGAUUUAUGAUGAUUCUGAAAUUAUUAAUCCUACUGAAGAAGGUGUUGAAAAUAUUUUUGAUUUAAUGAUUGUUAUUUUUCUUUUCUUAUUAACAGACAUGUUUUCUAUAAAUAUGAUAACUUUAAUUUUAAAUUUUAUAUUGGAACUAUUUGUUAAUAGUUUGGCUAUUUGGUUUAUUAAACGAGCACAUAAUGCAACAGAAAAUUAUAUUUUUAUACAAUAUCUUAUUACCUAUUCAAUAAAAAUUUAUCUUAUAUCUGUUGCUAUAUUUGUUACAUUAACUGAAAAAAUAGAAAAAAAAAUAAAAGAAGAUCAAAAAAAAAGCAAAAAAAAUGAAGUUGAAAAUAAUGAAACAAUCGAUGAAAAUAUUUUAGAAAAAAAUGAAAUUGAAAAUAAUGAAACAAUUGAAAAAUUAACUAGAGAUUUAAUUCUUAGUCCGUUAGGAAAUGACAUAACAAUCAUUUUAUUGGAUACAUACUCUUCAUAUGAAAUGACACCCGAAAAUGAUACUUCAU